UAUUUUUAAGACAAUUCUGCGUCAACUCGCAAUUUAACGUAGUAGUGAGAACUGAAAGGAGAUUUUCUAUUUUUCCAGCUCACAUCUGUGAAUAUCUUACCAACGUGAAUAAUGUGAAAUGCCGAGCUUGUGCUCAGCGGCUGUACGUGUGGACGACCAUCAGUUGAAAGCGCCAUCUAGUGCCUCGGGACUCUACUACGCUGACAUCAUACAGUACGUCCAAUACCGGUAAAGUCCUGAUAAGGAUAUCCGCCGUGAUUUGGAGAUAAGUGGGACUUUUCCUCGUUCCUCCUGCCUAACAAUUGGAUGUUGUGGUUGACCGAGGGUGGAGAAACUGGAGCAGAGUGCGCGAAGGUGUGCGAGCGGGACUUGUGCGCUCUGUAUCUGUACCUGGUCCUGAGUAGGAUGUAGAAGACUUGAUCGCACUGUGCUUUUCUAGGACUCAAAAAUCGCAAAAAUCAUGAGUGGUGUCACAGUUUGGGCGGAGGGGGAUGAGAUAGCUCAGGAGGAGGCACGAGCUUCUCCCCCAUGGUCAGAGGAGCGCUGCGAGGAGCUGUGGGAACGCGUGGAGGGAGUACGACACAAGCUCACGCGCAUCCUCAACCCGGCAAAGCUCACCCCGUAUCUGCGCCAGUGCAAGGUCAUCGAUGAGCAGGAUGAGGAUGAAGUGCUCAACUCCACACAGUACCCGCUGCGCAUCAGCAAGGCUGGUCGUUUGCUGGACAUCCUGCGUGGGCAGGGCCAGCGAGGUCUUCAGGCCUUCAUGGAAUCACUGGAGUUUUACCAUCCAGAGCAGUACACACAGCUGACCGGGCAACAGCCCACACACCGAUGCUCCCUCAUACUAGAUGAGGAAGGUCCAGAGGGUUUAACUCAGUUUCUGCUGCUGGAGGUGCGCAAACUGAGGGAGCAGCUUCGAAACAGCCGCUUGUGCGAGCGGCGCCUGUCUCAGCGCUGCCGGAUGGCGGAGGAGGAGCGCAGCCGUGCUGAGCGUAAAGCUCAGGACUUGCGUCAUGACAAACUACAGCUGGAAAGGCUACGCCAAGACUGGGAAUCGGCCAGUCGCGAGCUGGGAAAGCUGAAAGACAGACACCUGGAGCAAGCCGUGAAAUACUCCAGGGCCUUGGAGGAUCAAGGCAAAGCCUCAGCCAGAGAGAGAGAACUACUGAAUCAGGUAGAACAGCUUAAGUCCAGGCUGCUGGAAGCAGAGAAACAAACAGCUGACGCCCCUGAGAAUACCAAAAUGAACCAUCUUCUCUCUAGUGGAGUAAACGGCCCUCCACCUGCUUUACCAGAAAAGCCGCUGCUUGAGAAAACUGAGAGUGCAGGAACUCAGAUGAGGAACUCAGUGCCACCCACUGGAGUCAUUGCUCUAAUGGAUAUCCUGCAGCAGGACCGCAGGGAGGCUGCAGAGCAGAGACAUGAGUUCUGCGAUAUCAUCGACAGACUACAGAGUGAGCUCCAAAACACCGAAGAGCAAAGAGACAAGUUGGAGUCUCAGUGUGAGCAGCUACAGCUGAAGGUGAGGACUCUCCAGCUGGACUGGGAGACUGAGCAGAAGAGGAGUAUGUCCUACUUCAACCAAAUCAUGGAACUGGAAAAGGAGAGAGAUCAGGCUCUGCGCAGCCGAGACAGCCUGCAGUUGGAGUACACUGACUGUCUGCUGGAUAAGAACCGUCUGCGUAAAAGCAUCGCAGAGCUGCAGGCCAAUCUGGAGCAGCAGCAGAGAGAGCUGGAGAAAGAGAGGGAGAGAUGCCGUGAAAAAAUGGAGCAGAGCAGCUCGUGUCUGCACUGUUCCCACCUAUCUCUGUGCAGUGAGGAACAGUGCUUCGGCCCCUGCUGUUCCCCCGGCCUGGAUCUGAGCCCGCAGCCUAAAAGAACCAAUCUGUUGCCAAGAAAGGUGCCCUCUAGAGGCCAAACCAAUGAAAACUCAGAGGAUUCUGGUUCAAACUCUGAGGAGAAUUUCUUACUGUCGACAGAAACUAAUGAAAAGGAAAUAAACCGUCUCUCCACGUUUCCCUUUCCUCCCUGCAUGAACUCCAUCAACCGACGAUUUAACACAGAGUUUGACCUGGACUCGUGGGGCAGUGAUGAGAAUGAUAACAUUGCAGGUGAGCAGGGCGAACCUUCUUUGUGGGAUUCGUGGAGCUCCUUACAGUCUCAUUUCUUCCCCCCCGACCUCGUCAACCUGCCCACAGUCUCUGCAAAGCAACCCUGUCCCAGAGCGCCCAGGAACCUUCCCUGCUCCCCAUCUCCGAGUCCCCCAACCUCACCAAAGCAUAGGAGAGCAAGUCUAGCUGAUGAUAUCACCAUCGUCGGAGGAAACCGAACAGGGAUAUUUGUCAGCCAUGUGAGAGCAGGUUCCCCAGCUGAGCAAUAUGGGCUGAAGGAAGGAAGUGAGCUGCUGGAGCUGGAGCGAGUCCUGUUUGGUGGGGGAAGUGUGCUGCUGAGUCAGUGCACUGCUGAGGUGACCCACUUUUCCCUGCAGUGGUGGACCGAGCCAUCAACGCUCAAAUUCCAGAGCAACCCAGAAGGAUACUCAGACCUGUGCUCCCAGCUUUCAUCUGCAACUUUUGCAGGCGCCGACUCGUUCUAUGUGCGUGUUAACCUCAACAUGGAGCCCCAUGGUGACCCGCCUUCUUUGGGUGUUUCCUGUGAUGACAUUAUACAUGUCACAGAUACACGGUACAAUGGGAAAUACCAGUGGAGCUGCUCUCUAGUUGACCCCAAAACAGCCAAAGCCUUGCAGUCAGGAUCCAUGCCUAACUAUAACAGGGCACAGCAGUUAUUACUUGUAAGGUUACGAAAAAUAGCCCUGGAGCAAAAGGACUCCAAGAAGAAGAUGUUUUCAAAGAAAUCAUCAGGCCGUGUGCGAUUGGUCAAAGCGGUGGACCCAAGCUGCCGUGGGAUUGGUCCCACACAGCAGGUCCUUUACACACUCAGCAAACGUCAUGAGGACCACUUAAUCCCAUACAGUUUAGUGCAGCCUGUGCAGGUUCAGACCAAGCGGCCGGUCAUCUUCUCACCAUCGCUUCUCUCCCGUGGUCUGAUAGAGAGGCUCCUGCAACCAGCAGAGUCUGGUUUGAAGUUUAACACCUGCCAACCAGAGCCCAUUCAGGCUUCAGAGAGACAAGACAAGAGGAUAUUCUUGUUGGAUUCUUGCAGCCCAGAGCAGGCCCUGGGCAUAAGGCUGCAGUCAAUAGAGGAUGUCAUCAACCAGGAUAAACACUGUCUGCUUGAGCUGGGCUUGUCCAGCGUUGAGGGCUUGCUGAGACUGGGGAUUUACCCCAUCGUCAUCCAUAUUCGCCCCAAGAACAAAAAACACAAGAAGCUGAGGAAGUUUUUUCCACGAUGUGGGGAGGACAACGUAAUGGAAGAGCUGUGCCAGGCAGAGGAGCUGCAGCUGGAGACGCUCCCCAUUCUUUACUACACCCUGGAGCCCAACGCUUGGAGAUGCACCGAUGAGCUGCUGGCUGCUUUACGCACCACCAUCCACAGCCAGCAGAGGGCGAUGGCCUGGGUUGAACUGGAUAGACUGCAGUAGAAGAGAGAUAAGCAGCGUGUGUCUGCCAGUAUCUACCAAGAAUUUCAAAGGAGCCUAGAUUAGGCUGGUGUACAUACAAUUAAACAUACAUUUUGUAAUUCUUAUAAUUAUAGAUAUCCAUAAUAGCCAAGCUGGACUGGCAUUAUAUUAAAUUGCAACUGAUUUGAGCCACACAAGGAAGGUGCCUGUCAGUACUGAUGUACUUUUAGGAAUCUUUAUCAACAGGAAUCAUUCAGUGUUGCUUUUUAACCACACUUAAAGUUUUAUUAUAUAUCUAAACUUUCAAAACUAUAUUCAAGCACACAAAGAGCCUAGUUUUUUGUAUGUAGGCCACAGGUUAUUUAAUUAUGUUAUGCAUGAAAAGCUGAAGCUGUGAGAAUAUAAAGUGUGACAAAGAUCAAAGGUUAGGGGGGACCAAAGCAUUUUUGGAUGCAAUGUUAUCUAUAUUUUGCAUUUACAUUAUACAGUCUAGGCCAGUGUUUGUUUGGACAGUUGGCCUCUUUUCUUCAGCUUAUUUCAUUUUAAGUGAAAUAAUGAAUGCUGCAUUAAGGUGUCAAGCUCAUAUUGAGUGGCUUUAUAUCAAUGUCAAAGAAGAUUCAUUAUUUGAUUUCAAAUUGAAUGCACUGCAAAUUGGACAGAAUGUAAAGCAAAGGGCCUGAAAACAAAACAGGUUUAACUGUCCAAAUACCUUCUGGUCUGGACUCUAAACAGUUAUACAUAUCAUACUUAAAAAGUUAAACUGUGACUUUGUGUAUGUGAACACUUUUUUUUUUUCCUCAACAAAAACUGUGCAGUUUUGGAUCAUUUUAAGUGGACUUUUGGUGACUGAAGGUCAGCAAGUACUGCGUUUGUCUAUGCUGCAGUGUACUUUUUAACUUCUUGUUACAACCAGUUUAAAAAUAAAUGACCUCUGUUUGA